AGUGAAGUGCACUAAUGGAGCGCGAGCGGCUUUAUUAUUAUUGAACACUGGGAGCGCGCACUCACUUUAAUUUCAAAGGGUGAAGUUGACGUCACCGCUGGGAGAGCGCAACAUUUCUGCCUUUAGCUUUUCUAGAAGGGCAAGUGUGGAUUAGGAUGGUUAUCAGAGUGUAUAUCGCCUCCUCGUCUGGUUCUAUCGUGCUGAAGAAAAAUCAGCAGGCCAUCGUGAGCUUUCUGGAGGCCAACCGGAUCAACUUCGAGGAGGUUGACAUCACCAUGCUGGAGGAUCAGAGGCUCUGGAUGUACCAGAACAUUCCGGAGGAGAAACGACCUGAAAAGGGCAAUCCUCUACCCCCUCAGAUCUUCAGUGGAGAUGACUAUUGCGGCGACUAUGAAGAUUUCUUCCAGUCUAAAGAGACCAACACAGUGUUCUCAUUCCUCCGCCUGAGAUCACAGCCCUCUGUGAAGGACUCUGAAUCCUAGACUGUGUAGAUGACAUUUCCUGGACUGAAACACUGUGGUAUUGCUUCCUCUUCUGUGAUGUAACUCUCUUCCUCUGAUCAGGAGUCCUCACUGCUAGCAAUGCUUUUGCCAAACACAUGCUGCCCUUCGACAUAGCUUUUUUGAAGAAACUACUGCCCUUACAAACACACAUACAUGGGGUGCUUACAAAAGUUUUCAAUGGCCUCGGGACCCAACAAAUUAUUUAUAUGUGUUUUUAUUCCAUGACAAGCCUAUUCUACAAUUGAUCAAUUACCCAACAAUGGAGGUGAACUUGUACUGUAUGUUUGUGUGUCUGUGCAGAACAGUCAGUGUAGAGUGGUUUUCUAAACCUACUUCCAUGAAGCAGUUGUUAGAUGCUUGAAAAUUAUCUGUGUGUUGUUGUUGGUCUUUCCUGGCUUAGAUGUAGCUUGCCAAAGUUGAUUAAGACCUACAAUGUUGUAAUCUGCGCAAACUCUGUUGUAAGUUGUGCAUGUGUAAGAGAUUUUCUUUGUCAAGGAGCUAAGACAAACAGCAAAAAGGAAAUGUUGAGAAAUAGCAGAACUUGGUAAAAUGUUGCCUUUUCCGCAGGAUUUGAUUUGUAUUUGUAACAAAAUGUUCAGAUAGAUCAUAAGCCAGAACUCAACCCCAAAACGGGAAACCAAAUCCUGACCUGCAUUUAGAUCUCAACAUAAUAGUGCACGUCUGAGCUCAGUAUUUCCACUGCUCAUACAGACAUUUCAGUGGUUUGCUGAGAGUAAAACUAGUCUGAAAUCUGUAUUUUAACCCUGAUAAAAGGAUACUGCACCCAAAACUAAACCAAGUUUUAUUUUGUGGGUUCGGAUCCCAUUCCUGCAGCUAUACCAGCCUAACUCCAUUUGUUCCUUUGGGAAAUAAAAACUAGGAAGAACUCAUAUUUUGUUGGGGGAAAUUUUAGUCUCUUCCCUCGUUGAUUCACUGUUAAUGUGUGGUCUUUCUUCUCAGGGGUAUGUUAGCAUUUAGCAUGUAGCACCCUGUGAUGCCUCAAUUCACGGCAAAUCUGUUAAUGUAGCUUAUGCAGCGGCACUUCUAUCAUACACCACUGUGAAUAUUAGUUUGUUUACUCAGGUCUUUCAAAUACAGUAUGCAUUCACUUUGCCACGUUAAACACCUCACAUCUACAUUAGAACUUCUUUUUCAUCCACUGAAAACAUAGCAUUUCAAAUACGCUCUCCAUUACCGCAGACUAGGGAAAAAUAAGACGUUAGGAAACUGAAAACUUAUCAAUGUGGAUGUGGCCUCAAAAAGUUGGUUUUAUGAAAAAUGUGUUAUGUUUACACACAGACAUCACUCUGACACAAAUGUGAGCUUGCACACACUCGCAUACAAAGCAGAAGUGUCUAUUUUUCCUAAACGGAGCAGCAGUGUUUUCUGGCCUCAGGCUUCAGAGAACCGCUUUACACAGACACACACACACACACACACACACACACACACACACACACACACAGACGCACUCUUACAAAAAUAUUUUCUCUUGCUUUCUUAUUGACUAUACAUUUUCUAUUUAUUCACUCCUCCCACUCUUUCAUUAUAUGAUUCCACAUGAAUGUUGCAUUUAUGUUCACACACACAAACACAAAUACACACAUAUGACAUGAUUGUGUUCACUGCCCAUUGUCUCUGUUUGUAUAAACAAACUGCACACUCAUAUACUGUUGAAUGGAAACAUUCCUCUCUUAAACCAACCCAUAUAUAUGUGUGACAUUAUUAUUGUUUACUAUAACAAUCUAAAUGUUUAAAAUAUCAUUUGUAAUAAAUAUAUUCAAAUGCCUAUUAAAUAAUGUAGUUGUC